AUGAAGUAGAUGGGAGAAUCCAAGAACAUGGUGCUGAAUGGCAGGAGACAUGGAAGCAGGUUCUCCAGUAGUCAGCCCGUAAGCAAGUCCAGGCUGCACAACACACAGAGAGCCCAUCUACGUCACAGCAAGGGCUCCCCGAGUGGCAGAAGAUGCAGUCGACGUUCUGGUGGGGCGCCCCCAGAGGCGGAAAGGCGCCAUGUUCCUUCAUCAGGAAUGACGGCCAAAGAGCUGUGUGAAUAUGAUGACCUAAGCACCAGUUUGAUCCUGGACCCUUACCUUGGCUUCCAGACCCACAAAAUGAACACCAGGUUUCGACCAAUCAAAGGUCGACAAAAUGAGCUUAGGGAGAUUAUUGAGCGUUUCAAAAAGCAUGACAACCUGGAAAAAGCUUUUCAGGCUCUGACUUCUGGCGACUGGACGAGACAUCACUUUCUCAACAAAACCAAGUCCCAAGAGAAGCUCUUCAAAGCCCAUGUGUUUGUUUAUCUACGUAUGUUUGCUUCAGACAGCGGGUUUGAGAUUCUUCCUUGCAAUCGCUACUCUUCAGAGCAGAAUGGAGCCAAAAUUGUAGCAACAAAAGAUUGGAAAAGAAAUGAUAAAAUAGAGCAUCUCGUGGGCUGCAUUGCUGAGUUGACUCCCAGCGAAGAGCGGAUAUUGCUUCGACAUGGAGAGAAUGAUUUCAGUGUCAUGUACUCUACACGCAAAAACUGCGCACAACUCUGGCUGGGACCAGCGGCUUUUAUUAACCAUGAUUGCCGGCCAAAUUGCAAGUUUGUGUCAACAGGCCGAGAUACUGCCUGUGUGAAGGUUCUGCGGGAUAUUGAACCGGAAGAGAUCUCCUGUUACUAUGGAGAUGGUUUCUUUGGCGAAAACAAUGAAUUCUGUGAAUGCUAUACUUGUGAAAGACGUGGCACUGGUGCUUUCAAGUCAAAACCUGGGUUGCCCGUGGAGACUCCAGUGAUCAACAGCAAGUAUGGCCUUAGAGAAACAGACAAGCGUCUGAACAGACUGAAAAAGCUGGGGGAAAACUGCAGGAACUCUGACAGCCAGUCUGUCAGCUCCAACGCAGAUGCAGACUCUCAGGAACCCACCACUGUACAAACAUCAUUACGAAAAAGGACAUCACAGUCCUGUGUCAAAAAGCACGAAGAAACUAAGGCUGUAACGAGGCAAACGCUGUCGAGCACUCCUUCUUCUACCUCAUCCUCUAAACGAAGUCAAACCAAUAUUUCAAGUUUACCAAAGAGACACAAUUCGAAGCCCACACAACCUUUGCCUAAAGGGAAAAGUCGUUGUCGAGGCGUAUGGACGAAGGUUCCCACCAGAGUGAGUGGUGGUGGAAAUCUCAAGGAGCAGACACGGGACAGGCAAUCUUCUGGAGGCAAAGGCGGUAUAACGCGGUCAUCGGAAAACAAUCAGACGUCUUCAAAGGGUGCUUCCCAAUGCAAGGAUAGCGCACUUUGCCCUUACAGAACUCGUAGGUCCACGAGGACCUCUCUUGGUGCUCAGGAGGCUGAUGACAGUACACAAGCAUUAAGUGAGCCAUCUAGCCUAGGUGCAGGUCACGGUGGUGUGGUCCUCAAGGUGGAGCCUGGAGACCUCAUACCCGUGACGCCUGGGUGCCAAGUGAACACGCCUAGUUUGGAGACUAGCUCUCCCAAGAAAGGCACGUGUCCCAGACGAAGGCGAACAGUAAAACAAGAAGACUCUGGCUCCUUUGAAGAGCCUUUUCUCCACGAAGGCGUGCCUGACCUGCGGCAUGCUGUUCGUGCCGCAGAUGUAGCAGACUGCGGGAAGGUGGUGCUUGGCCUCCCCGGCCGUCACCAGCACUACAACGGCUCGGCCAAAAGCAGCAAGGCCCUACGCAGAGGCAAGGGCAAGAAAAAGCGUCAGAUCACACGCUACGACGCUCAGCUGAUUCUGCAGAAUAACUCGGGCAUCCCCAAGAUAACACUACGUAGGCGUCGGGACAGCAGCAGCAGUAAAAACGAGCCCAGGGAGUCCAAUUCGUCAAACUCCUCCAAAAUCAGCAUCAAGUUUAGUAAAGACCACGAGAUGGACAGAAGCAGCUCGUACGUGGCCAAACUGAAUAAUGGCUUCAACCACGGCUCCCACAGCAGCUCCACCAAGCUCAAGAUUCAGCUGAAGCGAGAGGAAGACAGCACAGGCAUGCAUCGGGCUUACCCUGAGGAUGUCACCUUGGGGAUAAUGAAUAGAGAAACUGGGGAUGAGAAGCAGGUAGGUCAGGACAUGGACGUGGAGUCGUUGUCUUCUGAGGACGAAGAGGAGGACUACUUUGAUAACGAGGACGAUUUUAUCCCACUCCCACCAGCAAAACGCCUACGGCUUAUCGUGGGCAAAGAUUCCAUAGACAUUGACAUUUCCUCUAGAAGAAGAGAAGAUCAGUCCCUUAGACUCAAUGCAUAAGCUGUGUAAAUAUCCAUUGUUUGAAUCAUGUUCAUUUGAAACAUGUAAUUUAAAUAGAAAAUGCAAAUGUACAAUUAAAUCAUGGCAAAAUAUCUUUCUUUA